UUCGCUAGUAUCUAUAUCCACCACCUAAAAAUCCAUCUACAAGUUAACCCAAGAAUAUCAAUCAGUCAUUUCACUGCCUGAGGGAAUUUAGUUCUAAAAUGGCUUCUCAUAAUGCAUUGACAAUUGCUCUUCUUCUCUCCCUUAACCUUGUGUUUUUCACUACAGUGAGUUCAAAUCAUCACAUUCCUGAUUGUCAUCAAUGUUUACCAACCCCAAAACCUAAACACCCUCCCCAUCCAACCCCAAAACAACCUUCCCCCUCAACCCCAACCCCAACUCCAACCCCAAAACAACCUCCCCCAACUCCAACCCCAACCCCAAAACAACCUCCUCCCUCAACCCCAACCCCAAGCCCCAACCCUCCUAAACCCUCUUGCCCUAAAGACACCCUUAAGCUAGGGGUAUGUGCCAAUUUGUUGAAUGAUUUGGUGCACCUUGUUGUGGGGACCCCAUCAAAGACCCCUUGCUGUAGCCUCAUUGCGGGUCUUGCUGAUGUUGAUGCUGCUGUGUGCCUUUGCACUGCCAUUAAGGCCAACGUUUUGGGCAUCAAUCUUAAUGUGCCAGUCUCCUUAAGCUUGCUUUUGAAUUACUGUGGCAAGUCUGUCCCAACAGACUUCCAAUGCGCCUAGUGGUGCCAUGACCUUCUCACCUACUGCUGCCCUUUCGACAGCUUUGUUUCAAUAAAAGACAGGCCAUUAAUCUUUGGCUGUAAUACAUUAGGCAUGUUUCCUUCGAAAUGUAACUGAUAUAUGUACAAUGUUCUCUCCAAGCAAUGUUCAUACGUUUCCCUUUGAAUUGAAAA